AUGUUCGCUGAUUAUACGAGUAGCUUGCUGAAAAACGUUCAUCGGGAACUUUUGCCACCAGAACCAGGUCAAUCCUUCUUGAUCAGGGGCGAUUAUGAAUACUGGCAUUACGGUUGUGAUGGCUUUAAUGAUAAGGGUUGGGGGUGCGGAUACAGAACGCUGCAAACGAUCUGCUCGUGGAUCAUAAAGAACCGGAGGUUGGAGCAAUCUGUUCCGAGCAUCAGAUGUAUACAGGAAAUACUUGUCGCGUUGGAGGACAAGGAGGGAUGCUUUAUCGGAUCGAGAGAAUGGAUAGGUAGUUUCGAAGUAUGCCUCACGUUGAAUCAUUUGUACGAGGUACUCAGCAAGAUUAUUCAUGUACCAAGCGGCAGGGAGUUAUCGGGCCAGAUACCGAUUAUCAAAACGCACUUCGAGGAAUUCGGUAGUCCGAUAAUGAUGGGCGGGGACCGAGAUUGCUCUAGUAAAUGCAUAAUGGGGAUUCACGAGGGGACGAAGAACACGUACAUGCUGAUCCUAGAUCCACAUUUUGUCGGUCAGGCGAAGAGCAACGAGCAACUGGAGUCUUACUGGUGGGUGAAAUGGCAGGAUCUCAGGAACUUCGUCGAUAGUUCCUUUUACAACCUAUGUCUACCUCAAGUGAAAUGUUUAGAGACGUGAUG